AACAUAAACAAACCGCGUCCAAAUCGUGGACAAUUUCGCAGCUGUGCUAUUCGCGUGCCGUGGUUUAUUUUCUAAUUAAUCCCGAAAUGACCAGCGGAAAGCCUGUAAAAUCUCACUCCGCUAUAGCGAGCAGUGAAAGUAAGCCGCGCGAACGCGCUCCGCUCGAUACAAACGAAGCGUACCGCCGGGGCGUGAAGCUGCUGCACGAGAAGUGCAAAGCCCUGCAGCGGAGCAACGAGCGGCUUGUUUUCCGCCUUCACAGGGUACAAAAGAUGACCAGAAGUCGCGCCCGGGAUGUUGAGAUUCUGAAGGCCAAGCUGGACUCGCUCGGUGACGAAUGGAGAACGGCACCAGAUCCGAUGGAUGUGAAGGAAGAGGGGGAGGAAUGAUGGGACUGCCCGUGAAAUGGAAUGUGUACAUUAUUAGGAGUACGUUUAAAAGGUAUUUGUAUGGAAAUAAGAUUUGGAUUAAGACAAAGCAAAGAUUAGCGAUGAGUUUACAAACAUUACAACCAUAGAACUUCUUAAGAGCUAGUUCAUAAUCAUAGAAGAUUUUAUGGUUUUCGUUUGCUGCCGUGGAAAGGCGCAAAUCUCGCUGAAUAAAAUGUAAAAAAAAUAAUUACAAAAUA